AUGGCUAUUACGGAAGCCCUUGCUUCCAUUACUUCUUCUUCGGGGAUAAAGGAAUCGAACGUUCAAAGCAGUGACCGCAACCCUAACUCUAACACUGCUUCUCCUUCUCUUUCCCCUUCUGUAACACGACUAUGGAGACCUGCUGCGCAGCGAAAUCUCAGAAACCAAUGGUCCAAGUUGCUAUCUUACAAGCAACAAUGGGUGUCUGCGUCUGCCAGUGGCAGAACUCACGCAACAUCCCUUGUUAAUGCUUGUCUUUCACAGAGAUACAUGCCUGCGAUGGAUUUGGGCGUUUUAAGCGAUAUGGCGGAUAUUCGAAAGAGAGCUUGCCAUAAAUUGGCUUUACAGCAAGAAUCUCAUGAGAGAAAACUUUUAUCUUCUUACAAAGAUAUGGUGGCCGUUGUCUCUCACAUGGUCAACACUUGUAGCUCCAUGCGAUGUUUCCUUAAAGGGCCAGCCGGUAGCCCACUUGUGCAGUUCUCUAGUUAUUCUGAGGAUACGAAUGACAGUGGUGAUGGUGGGGGGAUUCCAGUUUUCACAUUUUGGCCAAUCCCUUUUUUUGAGAACUUGGGACAGGAGCUACUUCAAAUGUUUGCAUUGGAGCUAAGUUUGAAGCGGUUUAUCUUGGUUGAGUUACUUUCCCUCAGUUGUGAGGAAGUUCCACAAGAAGGUGAUGAGUUAUGUUGGUCCAAUGAGCUUUAUCCGGGAGAAUUCAAUGAUUUAACCAUUAGUAACCUCUAUUCCAAAGAAACUUGUCAACCAAUUCUUCCAAGGUUAAAGGGUUGGGAAUCUGAAGAUCCAAGUACUGUAAGAUCUGAUCAACAGCCAAGACAAGAGAUUUUACAGGUAUACCUAACAGCAUGGCUUGCAGAGGUGAACCUAGAUUCAUACAGGGUGGAUGAAAUAUUUGCCACGGCGGGGGAAGAAAUGCAUGUAAGCUUUUCAUGAAGCAGCAAAGAAAGGAAGCUAUCAUCGAGAGCAAAUGUAAAAGGGUUGCAGAAGUUUUAGUACAACUCCCUCUCCCCCCCCCCCCCACCCAAAAA